AGCUCCCCAGCACCGGGAGGAUGAAGGGCAGAGAGAGACCGGGCUGAGAAGGGGACAGCGUGUGGGUCUGCGGCAUUUGCUCACCUCCAUAGUGAUCCCUGAGCCAACCUCACUGAGCAUCAGCGUGGAAUUUUGGGACUGGAGGGGUCAGCGUACCCUCUCCGAGGCAGUGAUCUCUUCUUCCUCACUGGCAUUCCCUGCUCCAUCCAUGGCCUCCUCGGAGGGGCUGCAGUACCGCGCGCUCUACGAGUACCAGAAGGACCGGGACGAGGACCUGGCGCUGAGCCCCGGGGAUGUGCUGACCGUCAGCAGGGCUGCACUACUCGCUGCCCCCAACUACAAGGACGGGGAUGAGCGCAGCCCCCAGGGCUGGCUGCACGGCCUCAACGAGCGCACCAAGGAGCGCGGAGACUUCCCUGGCACCUACGUGGAGUACCUGGGCCCCGUGUGCCUCACCGCCGCAGCCACCAAGGCCAAGACACGGCCAUUGCCCCCACCACCUGCCGGGACCCCUGUGCCCACCGGCCAGCCCUGGGGGCUCCCGGGGCAGGCAGAGCACGCUGAGCAACCAACCCUCCCUGAGCAGGCACUGCUGACUGUGGCCAGGCUCAUCGAGGCACUCGAAAAGCAAGGUCUCGACAGUGAGCUGCUCUACCGAUCGGAUCCUGGUGUGCUGGGUGAUGCUGAGCUGAAGGAGGCUCUUCUGGCGGGUGCCUCGGACGUGGACAUGGAGCUGUAUGAUGCCCAGACAUUGGCAGAGACCCUCAAGUGGUACCUGCAGGAGCUGCCAGCCCCCCUCGUCCCUCCCAUCCUCUGCACCGACCUGCUCUGUAUGGCUCAAGAGACCCUGAGCAUGGAGGAGUGUGGGCAGCGUGCCCGAGCCCUGCUGGCCCCGCCAGCCCUGCCACAGCCCCACGCACUGCUGCUGCAGGAGCUCACUCGGCACUUCAGCCGCCUCUGCCAGGCUGCCCGCAAGAACCGGCUGUCAGCACAGCUGCUUGGGGAGCUCUUUGGGGAGCUGCUCCUCCGCCCUGUGCCUUCCAGCAAUGAGGCAAACCCUGAGGUCUGCGCAAGGAUCAUCGAGUCCCUCAUCUUGACUAGUGAGGCAGCCGAGGUGCCAGCAGCCCCCGGUAAGUGACACCUGGAUGAGGGGACAGAACUGGUGGCACUGCCUGAGGACAGGCACGUGUGGUCCCAACCUCCGUGGGUUUGGAGGAAGGAAGGGGCUCAGUGUGCUGCUUGUUUGGUUGUGGUUUGGAGCUUCUGCUUUGGUGGAUUAAGCCCCAGCCCUCAGCUGGCCACGUCCCAGUGCCGUGACUGUCUUACCUGGUGGCACCUUGUUCCCAUCACUGCCAGACCGCAGGAGGUGCCUCUGGUACUAGUACAGCACCCAGGGCAGGUGGACGCAGUAGGGAGGAAGGCUGGUGGUGGCCCAAACUGCAAACCCUGAGGACCACAGAGGCCCAUCCCUGCAGGAUCCCAUCUCCAGCCAUGUCCCCCUCCCCACACAGAGCCACCCAGGAGCUGCAGCUGCUUCCAGCCUUCCUGCCUUGUAAUAUAUCUGGUCCCUGUCAUCGCCUCAGGUCACUGCAGGGUGGCCAGGCCAGGCAGGAUUACGGCUCCUAAUAUUGCUCAUAAAUCAGCCCUUCAGACUUGUCAGCUGAUCUCUUCCCUGCUGAUCCAGAUGUUGGACAGCUGUGGCUGUCCCUGCGCUCUGUGCAAUGGUGACAUUCCAAUUGCUGUCCCCAUACCCUGAGGCAGCACCGGUUAUCCCCACCCCACACUGAGUGGGAGGUGGGUGGGAUUCAGCAGGUCCCCAUCCCUUUUUUGGGUCCAUAUCUCCACUGGGGAUAUGUCACCAUGAGCCAGGAUAACCGUGCCACUGUGCUGCGUGCCGCUGGACAGGUCCUGCUGCUCAUAUAUCCAAAAGGAGGAGGUCAUUACCCAACUGUCAUCACAUUAGGAUGUUGGGAAGCUUAAUUAAAUGCCUGCAAAGCACUUUGGGGAGCUGCGGUGCUAUAUAUAAAGUGCAAAGAAUUAUUAUUAGGCAGGGGCCGCGCGCCUUGGCCCCGGCCUCGCCCCCUGCGUCCCGGCACCGAUAUUAUUUUGGGGUGCACGUGGAGCCGCCGCUUUCUAAUUCUCGCUGUCGAAUGGCUAUAAAUACCCAGCAAUAACACAGCAGUGUGUGCAAACAGCCCGGGAAUAGGAGCCGGGAGCUGACACGGAGGAAACCGCGCUGUGACCUCAUCCUGACUCAGGCAUAAAUAUACCUGGUGGCAGUGGGGCAUGGGGCCCCACGGGUAUGGGGACAGUGGCAAUGAGGUCACCUGUGGGGUGGUGACCCUGGGGGCUCCACCAGUGCAUGGGCUGGGGCUGCAUCCAGAGCUCCCUGCUGUGCCCUCCAGCAUGUCCCCAAAUCCACACCCGGCGCACAGACAUGGGGACAUUUUGGGGUCUGGGGAGCACACAAAGGCACGGUACAGGACCCUCAGCCCCAAGGCUGUUUCCCAGUCUGGGUGAGGGGGAGGGAAGGCAGAGGGAAGCAGUGAUGUAAAUACCGGCUCAGCUGAAGGAAGAUGACUUCAUCUCCUUUUCCUCUCCUGCUGCUAUUUAUAGGCACUUUAAUUUACUCCCCUUUGCUUUAUUAUCUCUCCAGCAAGCCGUUAGCCCUCAGACAGCAGGAUGCCUUUACUCACCAUGCAGCAAAGACUUGUGAAAAAAAAAGAAAAAAAAACAAAAAACAACAACCCACCACCACACACAAAUAGAAAAGCCAAACACGGGGGCAGAAAGCAGGGAAGGCAGAGCACCAGGGGUAGGAGCACCACCAUUCCUUGCCCCAGGUUUGGGGAGAAAAUGCGACCACUUCAGCUCCCUUGGGAGAAAAAGCAGGGAUGAGGUGUCCCCAUUCCAGAGCAGGGUUUUGGCAGAGUGCAGCCUGGGUGGUUUCCAAGCCCAGGUCCUGCUUGGAGCUGUGCUGCUGGCAGGGGACAGGGCCAGCUGUCCCAGUGCGCGGCGGUCACCCCUGCGUCACUGUCUAUGUGCCGGUCCUGCCGCCGCGACGCGCUGCUCAGUGUGCCAGGAAGGGGAGAGGAGCAAUAAGUAGGAAAAGGGAUUGGAGUUAUAAAUACUGUGGGGGCAUCUCCUGCUGUCCCCAAGAGUGUGAUGGAGUGGUGGCGGGGCAGCACACGGAUGGCAGUGGGGAUGCUUUCCUUUCAGGCGGUAUUUUGGGAUGCAGCCGUGAGCAUCCCAGCACUUGGCUUGGGAAAUCGGCCCCAGAGUGCCUGUGAGACAGCCAAAAGGGAGGGGGUGAGCCUUCCCCUGGCCAGAGCAUCUCUAGGCUGCAUUGCCCCUCCACUGCCCCUUCCCAUGUUUCAUCCCUUGGGGUUGGAGGUGGGGAGCCCCUGAGCAGCGGAUGGUGUUAAAAAAUGGGAGAAACUCAUCCAAAAACUGCAUGGAGUGGGCAAAAGGAGGCAAGUGGUCUCCUGUGCAGAUGUCUGGUUCUGGCUCCCCUCAUCUGAAGAUAAUACACAGCAAACAA